AAUAAGCAUCUCUUCUUUUGGUGGUGUCCACUUAUUUUUAAUAUCACUGUAGAAACAGGAACACUUUUUCUUUUCCAACACAUGAACAUAUAUGCACAUGAUCAAGUAUAGAAAGAAUUAUGAGCAAAGAAUUCUAUUCUAUGUGACCUCUUAAUCAUUCUGGCCAUGAGCUUGCUUAGAGGUGUACAAUUUGAUCCAUGUCUCCUAUCAUCUAUACAAGAAGAUCUUUUGAUUAUGAAGAUUCUACGAAUCCAUGAUCCUAAUCAUCGUUAUAAGAUUGAUGCUCGUCAAUUGCUUCAUGUUGUUGAGAACACCAUGCAUUUCAUCUCACCUAAGUUCUCUGUUCCUCAAAGCAAUUAUACGAAUUCAUGGAAUGUUGAAGUGUUUGGAUUGGAAGAAAAGCUUGGAUACACUAUUAAAAAGAUUUCACAUGAGAUUCUCUGCAAAUACCACGAGAAUGGAGACUUACAUGAAGAAACUAUGAUUUUGUUUGAAACUUUAGGCCCUUUCAGAUGGGAUGCUAAAGUAGUUGUAACACUUGCAGCUGUUGUUUCAAUAUAUGGCGAGUUUUGGCUCAUAACACAGCUAGUCCAUCGCAACUCUUUGGCAGCUUUAACUGCAAAACUUAAGCAAAUGCCUAAAGAAUUGAACAUGUUAAAGAUACAAUUAAAAGCUUUGAACUUGUUGAUCGAUACUAUGAUAGAGGCAGCAAAUCUUGUCCUCGACUUUGAAGGCCUGCCUUUGCAACAGCAACUUUUAGAUGAUGAUGCAAUUGUUGUUACAAAGUCGAAGAUGUACAUAACAGUCUACUGGAUUUUAAGAAGCUCGAUAUCAUGCGCGUCUCAGAUUGCAGAUUUCAGGACCAUGAAAGAUAACCAAGUGCAUUCAAAUUCAACAAGCAUUGCAGCAUGGACUCUCUUCAGCUUGGUAUACAAGCUAAGUGGCUUAUGCAAUGACCUCAGAGAGAAAUUACGUACAUGCCAAAUGCAAAUAGGUAGAAGGUUUCCUGAAAAGAUACGCAAUCUUUUCAAAGUGUCCCAUUUUGACAAUCAAGAGGUGCUUCGUGUGUUGUUCUCGUUGAAGAAUGACUUACCACUGAAAGAUAGCUCACUAGAAAAGUAUUGUGGCAUCCAAGAACUGGAAAACAAGGUGGUCAUACUCUUGAUCUCAAAACCAGAACUCUUUACCACAGAAAAAAUAUUUUAUCUAGUACAACGAAUGCAUGAUCAUCCGUUACAUAAAGAGAUUGGAGGAAGCUAUGCAAUUAUAUGGGUUCCAAUUCCAUAUUCACAAACCUGGAGUUUGACUGAUGAGAUGAACUUCCAGUUUCUGUCAAAUUCAUUUCCCUGGUUAUCAAUCCGACACCCAUGGUCACUACAUUCCUCUGUGGUAAACUUCAUUAGACAAGAAUGGAGCUACAAACACGAGCCCGUAAUGGUAGUAUUAAGCACUGAUGGUGUUGUCACAAACUUAAAUGCUAUUGACAUGGUAUGGCUAUGGGGGGCCAAAGCAUUUCCUUUUUCAACCUCAAGAGAAAAAGAGUUGUGGGAACAGGAAAACAGGAUCUUGGAGCUUUUAAUUGAUGGGAUUGACCCUUUAUUGACCAAUUUGGUAGAGGAGGGUAAACAUUUUUGCAUCUACGGAAGUGAUAACAUUAGUUGGAUUAAAGAACUUAACGAUACAUUAAAGAAAAUUAAAAGUGCUGGAAUUCAGCUUGAAGCUGUUUAUGUUGGCUAUAAAAAUCCAUCUAAAGUUGCAGAGAUCAUUUUAGACAUCAGCAUUGAAGAAAAUUUGAGUAUUUCCCUAUCUACGACGAAGAUGAAGUUGUUCUGGCUUAGGCUGGAGAGCAUAAAGAAUUCAGUUGCUAGAGUAGAACAAGCAGCUCACUAUAGCAGCAGCUUACAGAAAGUGUUAAGAUUGCUGGAUGCUUGUGAAACUUCGAAUGAUUGGAUGAUCAUUGGAAAGGGAUUAUCAACUGAUGUAAUGAUCCUCAAGGGGAGAGAAGUCCAAGAAUGCUUAAAUCUUGUUCCUGAAUUGGCUGAAAAUGUCGCGAAGUUGGGAUUAUUUAGUGCUAUUAGAUGUGCAAUGGGAUCUCCUCUGCCUGUUAAACCCUGCUAUCACAACGAGAUCCUUCCAGCUGAAGAAGGAUUGACUGAAGAAACUGUAGUUUGCUCGCGUUGUAAGCGUCCUGUGGAGAAGUUUGUUGUCUACCAAUGUAAUGUAACAGAGUCAGCAGAAGCAGAACAGGAGGCAAAGAUUGAUUAGCUUUUGAAAUA